AUGGAUAAUUUAUUACCAGAAGGUGGCUCUGUUGGAGAUUUAUUCACUAAGAUCGGCGAUGAACUUAGUUCCAAACUGGGGGAUUACGAGACUCCCUUGUUUAAGAAUACUAUUAAAAAAAUGGGUUCAUUUGGUGAUAUUUUCAAAUAUGAGAUUACGCAGGAUGGACUUAGAUGUGUUUCUGUUCAAAUUGACAAAUUAGGUAGUAAUAUCUUACCUGGAGUUGGAGAACGUGUCUGUAUUACCCCAGUCGGUCUAAAACUAAUUACCAAACCACAUAAAGUAUCAUUUAAGAGUAUGGGCAGUGAAUUAAGACAAAAAUUGAACAGUAAGGAAGAUAAUGGAUAUACUAUAGAAGUAGCCAAUGCUUAUGCUAAAUACGGAACAUUAGGUUCUAUUAUUAUCGAUAAACUUGGUGAGUUACACAAUAAUUUUUUCUGCAAGUCUAUUGUCUCAUGA